UGGCUUGCUUCGUGCUGUGUUCCCGUUGUUGUGAUUUCAUGUGCUAGCUUGAAUAUGGCUGCCGUGUUGUCGCCGAUUAGGCCUCAAUGCGAUAGUGAUUCGUCCACCCCUGCCCCCCCCUCCUUAAAGGAAGAGAAUUCAAACGAUGCCAGAGAUGCAGAGGAAACGUCUAAUGAUGGGAGUCAGCCAAUAAAAAGGAGGAGGGCAGCAUCUGGCGAAUUUUCCCCAAGUUGUGAAAAUUCAAAUCAAGAUUUUGGCUCCAGCUAUUUUCCAGCCGAAAAUCUAGUUGAAUACAAAUGGCCAUCAGAUGAAACAGGGGAGUACUAUAUGUUACAAGAGCAAGUCAGUGAAUAUCUGGGUAUCACUUCCUUUAAACGCAAAUACCCAGAUUUAGAACGAAGAGAUCUGACGCACAAGGAGAAGUUGUAUCUGCGAGAGCUAAAUGUCAUUACGGAAACUCAGUGUACUUUAGGUCUGACAGCUUUACGAAGUGAUGAAGUAAUUGACCUUAUGAUGAAGGAAUACCCAGCCAAGCAUGCAGAGUACUCGGUCAUUCUUCAAGAAAAGGAACGCCAGCGGAUUACAGACCAUUACAAAGAGUACUCGAUGACUACUGAAGAUAAUCAGAAUGACGUAUGUGAUCAGGAGCAAACAGGGAAACAACAGCAGCAACAAAACACACAGAAAGUGGAAGCAAGCAAAGUUCCAGAGUACAUCAAGAAAGCUGCCAAAAAAGCGGCUGAAUUCAACAGCAAUUUAAACCGUGAAAGGAUGGAAGAGAGAAGAGCGUAUUUUGACUUGCAGACUCACGUCAUACAGGUACCUCAGGGAAAGUACAAAAUCCUUCCUACUGAAAUCACGAAAGUCAGUCCUUAUCCGGUUUCCCUCAUACCUGGACAGUUCCAAGAAUAUUACAAAAGGUAUUCCCCCAAUGAACUUCGGUACUUGCCAUUAAACACAGCUUUGUAUGAGCCUCCACUAGACCCUCUUGAUCCUGAAGUGUUGGCGCUUGACAGUGAUGGUGAUUCUGAUGAGGUUGAUGAAGGACGCACUGAGAAGAAAAAAGUCAAAGGUUCCUCGGAUAGUUCAUCUGGGAACGUGUCUGAUGGAGAACAUGCACAUAAUGCUCAGGAGGACACUCUUCCGACAAAGCCAAAAGCGAAAGAAAAAUCAACCCCCAAAAAGGAGAGCACCAAACGUUCUGUAGGGUCCAAAUCCAGCUCUGGGUACAAGCCAAAGGCCAACUCCAAUGCUAUUUGUGGAAUUUGUCUGAAGGGUAAGGAUGACAAAAAGAAGGGAAGAGCCGAGAAGCUUAUACACUGCUCCCAGUGUGAGAAUAGUGGUCACCCUUCAUGCUUGGAUAUGGCACCAGAAUUAGUUGCAAUAAUAAAAAAAUACCCUUGGCAAUGUAUGGAGUGCAAAACAUGUAUCAUAUGUAGCCAGCCUCACCAUGAAGAGGAGAUGAUGUUUUGUGACCACUGUGACCGUGGCUAUCAUACUUUCUGUGUCGGGCUUGGUGCUCUUCCAUCAGGUCCCUGGAUAUGUGACUGCUGUCAGAAUGUUUCAGCCACACCAAAAAAGGGAGUUAAAAGAGGCAAAAACAGUAAAGAAGGAUAAACUAAAUGUAUUUAUAGAUGCUGAUUGUACAAGCCUUUUAAAAUGGUGCUACACAACUAAAUACUCUUACGUGAUCUACAAACAUAUUUCAGUUACAUGCCACUUUUUCACAUUUUUAAACCAAAUGAAAAACACAAGGUUGGAAUUUUACUCGAUCUUUCUUAACAUCCUGGGACUUGAUGAAUAUAUAAUUUUUGUAGAUUUUUUUUUUUUUAUUCAACGUUUUAACAAAAAUACAUAUAUAUACCUCAUACCAAUGGGUUUAGAAAGAAAAGAACUCUACACAUGCACUGAAUAUUUCCCAUGUGCUGCAAAUUUUAAAUAUUAUUCCUUUUUAAAUGUUGGCCUUUUAUCAUUGGAAAUUACUAGUCACAAGUGUUUAACUUUCUUUCCUAGUUUUGGGUGGUAAUAAUCGCACAGACAAAUCUACAUCUGUUCUAUUGGUGGAUCAUGUUUGUUGUAUGUCAUUCCAUGUAUCAUUGAAUAUUUUAUUAUUGUAUGUAUGACUUCAGAUAAGGUGUUGUCAACUGCAAGUACUGUGCUGUGCUUACUUUACAUUUGUGUGAGCUGUUGUUGUAGAUAUUGCAAAACCUCAAAGCUGCUUAAAGCCCAGAAACAUCACACUGUGACAAAAUCUCAGCAUGUAAGUUUUAAGAGGCGCGUGAACUGUUGUGGAAUCAAGGGCUUUUCUAUGGGAUCAGAUUCAAUGGGACCAUUUUUAUGAUGAUAUCAAUUUCUGCUGCUUGAAAGUCGAAGAUAACUUUUCAAACCUUAACUAAAGUGACGCAUUUUAACUUCUCA